GCGGUGUCCACCGGGCCUGGGUGCUUUGGGCUCCCCUGUGUUCGGCCCCGGCUGCGCGGGUCCCCCGCUGGGCUUGGCACGGGGCUGCCCCUGACGCCGCGGGGCUGGGGGGUCUCUGGGGUGCGGCCGGUUCGGGUGGUGUCGUCCGUUUUUCGGGUGGAGGCGCCUGACUAGGGUGCGCCCCCGCGCCCGGCCGGGGUCUCUGUGCUCCGGGGUUGUGGGCAGGUGCAGGGGCUCCCUCGAGUUUGGGUCUGUUUGUGGGCAUGGAGAGGGCCAGCGGGUUUGGGGGUGUCUGUGGCUGCAGGGGGUGCUGCCCAGUGUUGGGGGUGUCUGUAGGUUCGGGGUGUCGCUGAGCUGGGGCCGCUGCCAGCUCGGGGGUGCUGCAGCUGAGCCGUGUGCCCGGCGUUAGGGGCACGUACCAGCUUUGGGUAUCUCAGCUCUGGGGGUGCCACAGGGACCCAUGCUCGCCGCUAUCGCAGAGCAGGUGUCCGGGCAGUGUGGGGCCUGUGCCCCCCGCUGUCCUCGGGGCUCCAUCCCCGCUGCCCCGGGGAGCGGCCACGCUCGGUCCGCAGCUGCCAGACAAAGCCGUGUUUGCUGGCCCGGCCCCGGCCGCCUCUGCUUGGCUCAGUCCAAGAUCUGGCUUCCCCGUGUUGUUUGUUCUGCCUUUCUGCUGGAAGCUGCUUGCCGUGCCCAGGGAGGGGAGUUUAACCCGUGGCCAGGCUCAGAGCUGAGGCCAGAUUUGUGAACCGCACACGGGAACAGCAAAGGGGCAGGCGUGUGUCCCCCUGCUCUGCCCUUUCUCUGACCCGUUGAAAGCAGCAUCUGCUCCAACAAAGAAAAACCCAACACUGGCACUGCAGCAAUGCCAGCAGUGCAGCUCGUGCAGUGCCGCUGUGUUGGUGCUGUUCUCUCUGUUUGGGCUGUCAGGCAGUUCCAGCAGCGUGGGUACCAAGCUGGCUGCCCUUGUGAAGAGCCAGGACACUCCCCACCAUCCUCAGGUGUUUUUAAUUUGUCUGGACGAAGGUGAACUCAUGUCUCACACAUUCAGAGUACUUUUAGGGUAGUACACGCUGUGCUGUCUGUUCUCUUUGGUUGUAAAUUAUGUGUUUCUGUUUAUGGUUGAAUUGUUUUAUUCCUGGUUUUGAAUCUCUGGUGCAGAUUGUUCCAUUGAUCCAGGCUGGUUUUUGCUUUGUUCCUGCGGUUUCACUUGGCAGUGCUGCAGGAGGGACGCCAGGCAGGGCCGCUCCACUGCGGGAUGCUGUGGUGGCCCCCAGGAAAGGGGUUUUGGGAAAUCCUGUCCUGAGUCUACCUGGAGCUCAGGUGGGCUUCUGCCAGUGGAGCAGCUGUGGCACUUGCGUCACUUGGCGAGUUCACUAACUUUUCAUGGGUUCACCUUAGUUUCUGCUUUGAAUGAGAUCACCAGCAAGCACUUAAUUCCCUCAGCCUUUGCUCCUGUUGCAUCUUCCUGCUGCUCCAUGUGUCUCUAAGUGGUUUGUCAGACAGCUGUCUAGUGAACAAGAGAGGCUUCGUUGAUGGUCGGCUAUCAGUGCGAUCAGAAAUGGGAGAGGAGUGUAACAUAACAUUUUGAAGCUGGAUGGAACUAGUAAUUUGAAUUUAUUUUUUUUGUCCUGAUGCAUGUCAGACCAGCUCUGAUAGCAUCCUUUGCAUUCUAGUGAUGCCAGGAAGGGUAAUGAAUCUUUAGUCUUGUGAUAGGUUUUCACCUGUAUACACCUCUGUAUAUUUGUAUCUGCAUCUGCUUUUGUCCCUAUAAAACUGACAGCUGGUCUCUAGGUCUCUUGCUUUGCAGUCAGUGAUAUUCUUUUGUAGUAUAGUUCACUUGCAUUUCUCUUUCUCCUGCUCUCUCUACUUUGGAUAGCAGAAUAAUCUGAUAACCUGUUAAACAGAAGUUUAACCGGAUACUUAUUUCUGUCUUAAAGACUACAGUGUGGGAAAGAAGGGCAGAAGUGUCUCAUACAGACAUGAGUGGCAGUGUGAUGCAGUUGCCAGUUUUGAUGGUGUUUAGUGGCAGUUGUGGCCCCAUGCUGGCUGAGACUUGGUGCAAAGGUUGCUGGUGUUUCUGGCUUUGUUCUGCCUGUGCCUUUGGUUGGAGUGGGGUCUGUGUGGUUCUCUGGAGUGAGGCUUAAUGCCUUGUCUGCUUUGGGAAGAUUUUGGGACGGGUGGGACUGAGAGCAGGGUUGGCAGUUAGUUGGCUUUGGGCUCUUGUAUGAUGUGGUUAGUGCAAGGACUCUGGCUACUUUGUGGUUUACCCCUGUUGUUCAACCCAGGUACAUCAGUCUCCGAGAAAGGGAGAAGUCUAAAGGCAGCAUCCUCCCCUACAAGUGUUGUUCUAGGCGCCUGUCCGUCUUAUGUCCACUCUGGAAGUGGUGCCUGUGAAGAAUGACGUCGAGAGGUGCUGGGACUGCUUUCUCCAGGAAGAACUACAGGUUGAGCACCGAGCCAGAGAAGUCCAAGGUCACAGGGAUUGUGAACAGCAGGCUGCUGAAUGAUUAUCUGCAUCGCGUCUUUACCAAUGCUGAUGGGAACCAGCCUGCCGCUGCUUACAGAAAGCAUCUGACGUUCCAGAACCUGCAGGAGCACCUUGAGCGGUUGCUAGCAGAGGAGGAUGGCUCCGAAGACAGUCGAGAUCAGGUAGCAGAAGGCCGGCUUGGUCCCUCUACUGUGGUGUUGGACCACACAAGCGGUUUUGAGGGGCUGCUGCUGGUCGAUGAUGACUUACUUGGGGUGAUUGGCCACAGUAACUUCGGGUCCAUCAGGGCCACGACGUGCGUGUAUAAAGGGAAAUGGAUUUAUGAGGUGCUCAUCUCCUCCCAGGGACUCAUGCAGAUUGGCUGGUGUACUCUCAACUGCAGAUUUAAUCAGGAGGAAGGAGUAGGAGAUACACCAGAUUCAUAUGCGUAUGAUGGAAACAGAGUGCGCAAGUGGAACGUGACUACUACCAACUAUGGCAAAUCCUGGGCAGCAGGAGACAUCGUCAGCUGUCUGAUAGACCUUGAUGAGGGCACCAUUGCUUUCUGCUUGAACGGCAUAUCUCUGGGAACUGCUUUUGAUAACAUCACGCGGGGUGUUGGAAUGGCUUACUUCCCUGCCAUCAGCCUCUCCUUCAAAGAGUCCGUUGCUUUUAACUUUGGAAGCCGUCCACUCCGAUAUCCUUUAGUGGAAGGUUACCGCCCUUUGCAAGAUCCUCCUGUCACAGACCUGAUGAAGGCUCACAAGCUGUUAGGCUACCUGAAGAAUGUGAUCCAUAUUGGAAUAGAUGUCACGGAGGGGAAGCUGGUGGAGAAGGACAUGUCCAUGUGGCAGCUGCAGGGAGAGCCCACAGUGUUGAUUACACUAGCCCACAUCUUCAAUUAUUUCUCUCCUCUUAUGUGCAAGGUGUACCUGGUGGAAGAUGUGCUCAUGACCUUCCUGUUGAGCAUCCUUGAGCGAGGAGGGGCAGUGGAGGCCCAUCCCCUUAUACAGCAGCUGCUGGAUCUCAUGUGGCUUCUAAUGGAGGAAUAUGAAGUACAUGAGUGCCUCAAGCAGCUACUGAUGUCUCUGCUGCGGGCUUACAGGUUCUCACCCAUCGUCCCAGACCUGGGAUUACAAAUUCACUACCUCCGGCUCACCAUUGCGGUCUUGAAGCAUGAGAAAUCCAGGAAAUAUCUACUCAGCAAUGUUCUCUUUGAUGUGCUCCGUUCGGUUGUGUUCUUCUACAUUAAGAGCCCGCUGCGUGUGGAGGAGGCGGGUUUGCAGGAGCUCAUUCCCACCACGUGGUGGCCAAACCGCUUCACCAAGGAAGGCAAGGAGAGUAAGGAGGUGAAGGAGGAGAGUGCUGAGGAGAGACUGAGGCGGCGAGCGUAUGAAAGAGGCUGCCAGCGGCUCAAAAAACGAAUCGAAGUGGUUGAAGGUCUCCAAGUUCAGAUUCUGAAGCUGCUGCUGAACAACAAGGACAGAGGAGGAGGGGUGGAAGCCUCCAGAUACAUCUUCUUAAACAAAUUCCGCAAGUUUCUUCAGGAGAACGCGAGCAACAGAGGGAACUUGACUGUGUUGUGCCCGCCAGAGUACAUGGUGUGCUUCCUGCACCGGCUGAUCGCUGCCUUGCGCUUCUUCUGGGAUGACCACAAGGCAAAGACCCCUGCUGCACUAAACAGUGAAGAGGCGUAUGUCCCUCCUCAACUCUUCUAUAAUGGGAAGGUGGAUUAUUUUGACCUUCAGCGACUUGGAGGUCUCCUGUCUCAUCUUAAGAAAACUCUGAAAGAUGACCUGGCUGCAAAUGCCAAUGUCCUGAUCGACCCUGCGGAGCUGCAGGCCGUGACUAUGGACGAUCUCGAUGAAGAUGAGGAAUCGGCAACAUCAGCAGCACAGUCUCAGCGUCCCUCUGCCGCCCUGGCCAUCGGUGGAGCUCUUGCCAGACCCGGCUGGCUCAGCUCCCCGACCCUGGGCCGUGCCAACCGCUUUCUCAGCACGGCGGCUGUCAGCCUGAUGAACCCGCGGAGGCCUCUGGGCACCCUGGAGAAGAUCAAAGUGCGCACGCUCAGUGUGGAGCAGCGGACAGAGGAGGACAUUGAAGGCAGCCAUGGAAAUGAGGGUCUCUUACUGGGCAGACCCCCAGAGGAGCCAGACCAGCCCAUCACAGAGAACUCCCUCCUAGAAGUCCUGGAUGGAAUAGUGAUGAUGUACAACCUCAGUGUCCACCAGCAGCUUGGGAAGAUGGUUGGUGUGUCAGAUGAUGUAAAUGAAUAUGCUAUGGCACUGAAAGACACAGAGGAAAAAAUCAGCCGCUGCCCAAAGAGGAGGAGGGAUAUCCACGAGGAGCUGCUGAAGAGCCAAAAAGUCUUCUCUGAGAAGCUCAAUCACCUGAGUCGACGCCUUGCCUGGAUAAAUGUCACCAUUUACUCAAAGGAGAAGAUGCAGGACAUAUAUUGGCUACUGCGGGUUUGCAUCCGCACCAUCGAGCACGGCGACAGGACGGGCUCACUUUUCGCUUUCAUGCCGGAGUUCUACCUCAGCGUGGCUAUGAACAGCUACAGCGCACUCAAGAACUACUUCAGCCCUGUAAACAGCAUGGAGGAACUUCCAGGCUACGAAGAGACUCUGAUGCGCCUCGCUGCCAUCCUGGCCAAGCACUUUGCUGACUCGAGGAUCGUGGGCACAGACAUCCGGGACUCCCUGAUGCAGGCCUUGGCCAGCUACGUGUGCUAUCCACACUCACUGCGUGCGGUGGAGAGAAUCCCAGAAGAGCAGCGGAUCUCCAUGAUGAAGAACCUCCUGGCUCCCUAUGAGCAGCGACCCUGGGCACAGACCAACUGGAUUCUCGUCAGGCUGUGGCGGGGCUGUGGCUUUGGGUACAGAUACACACGGCUCCCACACCUGCUGAAAACCAAGCCUGAGGACGCCAGCCUACCCAGCCUGCAGAAGCCGUGUCCCUCCACCUUGCUGCAGCGGCACAUGGCAGACCUUCUCCGCAGUGACCGUGAACUGGCCCCCAGCUUCCUCAACAGCGUCCUCAACCAGCUGAACUGGGCUUUCUCCGAGUUCAUCGGUAUGAUUCAGGAGAUCCAGCAGGCAGCAGAGCGCUUGGAGAGGAACUUUGUGGACAGCCGCCAGCUGAAGGUGUGUGCCACCUGCUUUGACUUGUCGGUGAGCUUGCUCAGGGUGCUGGAGAUGACUGUCACGCUGGCGCCGGAGAUCUUUCUCGACUGGAAUCGCCCAUCAUCUGAGCUGCUGCUUCGGAGGCUUGCCCAGCUCUUGAACCAGGUGCUGAACCGUGUGACAGCUGAAAGGAACUUGUUUGACAGAGUGGUCAACCUCCGUCUGCCAGGGCUGGAGAGCGUGGACCAUUACCCAAUCCUUGUGGCUGUGACAGGGAUACUGGUCCGGCUGCUUGUGGACACUGAUGCUCAGGGGGCUGAGCGUGCGACGGCGGUGCUGCUGGCAGACCCCUGCUUCCAGCUGCGCUCCAUCCAGUACCUGCUGGGCCACGCCGAGCCCUUGGCCCUGGCGGCUGCUCCCCCGGCCACGGACAAGCGCCAUUUCUCCCUGCACACCUACACAGACUACAUCAGUGCCGAGGAACUGGCGAAGGUGGACAAGAUGCUGAGCCACCUGAGCGAGGAGUCCAAGCAGGCGGCUGCCACCACACUGCCCACCAGCGAGGAAGAUCUGUGCCCUAUCUGCUAUGCACACCCCAUCUCAGCCAUCUUCCGACCCUGCUCCCACAAGUCGUGCAAAGCCUGCAUCAACCAGCACCUGAUGAACAACAAGGACUGCUUCUUCUGCAAGGCCACCAUCACAGGGGUGGACGACUUCACCAAACCAGCCAGCUCAUAGCACCCAGUCCCGCACCACGGGCUUCCCCAGCUGAGCGGGUGGCCCCCCACCACACACCCCCCCAGCUCCUCCCCUCAUGCAGAGUCAGGACCCAGCAUGGUGUGGGGUGGGGGCUGCAGGGAGGGGGAGGCCCAAUGCCAGGCUGUGGGGACAGUGUCCCCUCGCCCACUGCCACGGCAGCCUCUGCCCCACGGGCCUUUCUCAGGGAGGGGAGCCCGAGGCCUGGGCUCUGGGGCAGCGCUGGGGACACACAGCGGCCCCGGGGCAGGGGGACCGGGCGGGGGGUUCGGGUUGUUAACUUGCCCCUGGCUGGGGGCUGAUUUCAUGAAAUGCAGCAUUAAAUUAUUCUUCCUUA